AUGGAAGUGAUCAACUCUCUCGUCUCUGAGCUCGAGCGUUCUUUGUCUUUCAUUUCCAAAUCCAAUCAUUGUCUUUCUUCCUCACAAUUUGCAGAUUUCACUCUCGAUCCAGUUUUUUCCUUUCUUAACCAACACGACUUUUCAUCUCUUUCCCUUGACAAAGUCCCUUCCCUCCGCACGUCUUUCGAAGCGGCGUCCUCUGUCUUCGACUCGUUCCGACAAAAGCUCCAAACAGUCGACGAACUCUUUUCAACAAUUUUAACAAUUUCCCAAGCUUCUCGCGAUCUAAUUACUUCCGAAUUCGCCAAAUUGAAUACCCUGGGAACAUCCCUUGAUACCGCAGAAAGUGUUUUACUUCAAAAAGAGUCCGAAAUUUCAAACAGCCAGACAAUAUCAAUUAACGUCUUUUCAAACCCUCAAAAACAAGGCGAUUUCGAGGAGGAAUUUGCGCAUCAGCUGUCAAAGAACACACACAUCAAAAAGUCACAAGAAAAGCACGUCCCAAAAGGAAAUCAACCAUUUUGCAGGGUCGAUGGACGUGCAAUAUCACUAAAAGACAGUGAUAUAGAGGAUAUAUACCUCAUUAAAGACGUUGAAAAAUGCCUGCUUGAGUGGUGUAGAGGCGUGACUUUGGAACUUCUCUAUGACUCAAAAGUCGACGGCGACAAACAGAGCGAUUUCCUCCCUAAAAUCCGCGGGCGGAAGUCGCUCUAUUUCAUUAUUUUUGAUUCAAACCUCAAUGUCUUUGGCGUUUAUGUCAACACAACUAUUGCGGCAGAAAACGUCCGUAUACAAGACCUUUCCGGCUACUUGUUUAAUUUAGUGAGAGCCGGGGAUGUGGAGGCGCGUAAGUACUUGCGCAACAAGACCGCGAAAUGCGGUGUUCUUUUCUUCAACGACAAAACAGAGCAUUCUCCUCGACUCUUUGACUUUGGAAAGAAUGAUGAGAGUGGCGUAUUUGUACUCAGAGAGGGCGUUCAAGGCGGGACUGUUCUUAACAUCGCCAACUCUUAUUAUUCCUCCCAAAAACAUCGCUUAAAUGUCCAGUCGUUCGUCACUCGGCGAAUCUUAACUUUUCAAGUUCUAUUUUGA